AUGCAACCGAUUGCGUUCACCACGGGCCAAUUUGCGGGCCAGUUCAUACGAUUUGAGCUGGUGGAAAUACAGAAACCAGAAACCGGCAGGAGACACAUUCCUGGGGAUGGCCGCCGUUCACUCGAUCCGCCCCCCGUUGUUCGCCUCAAGAUCUUUCGCGUUCAUGCCCCUGGAACGCCCUCCCAGUCAGAGACUGAACUGAACAACGAGUUGAGUACAUCCCAGCUUUCUCCUGUGACAGUCGAGAUCGUGGGGUUGCUGUGCUCCAUCGACCUGUUCCCAGUUCCCGAGUCUACAUUGGCGCUAGGAAUCACCGAGACCUCCAAGAAGACGGGUUUUCUUGCAGGUGCAUCCUGCGUCCAACCUCUUCUUGUCGACUAUCAAGGAUUCAAGAAUCUGCUUUUCACCGCCGGCAUAGGAUAA